ACCUGCGCGUCGCAGUUAUGGACUCUGGUGAACUGCGGUAUGCGUCGAAAAUUUGCGAUCUACAACGAAUCGUUUGUACAAAUACGAAAUGUUUUACGAUUUUCGAGAUUCGAAGGUAUUUGAAAACCAAAAGAAAAAUAUUUGUUUUGUUUACUGCGAUCAAAAUAGUACCAGAGGGAGACAGCUAUAGGUACUCGUAAGCAGCAGCAGCACGCAAAUACAUGAUUGCACAAGCGAGUGAAGACAUUAAAAUAGAGAGAGAAAGAAAGAAAGAACGAAGGUAAACUUGUACAAGACAGUAGAAGGGAUGCAACGAAAUCGGUCGUGAUUCAAUCGGAGCACUGAAUUACACAAAAAUAUAUUCGAAAUGUUUGAACCUACGGAACAGGGAAAGGAUCUGUGCAUUCACACUGGAGUGGUAUUGCGAGGUGCAAAUACAAGGGAAGAUGAAGUUCACAGUCUAGGCACAUUAAACAUUGUUGAAUAUAGUUUUGGCAAGUGUAUAGAAUGGAAACCUAUUGAAGAUUCUGUAGUAUCAGAAAAUCAAGACCAAGAUCCUGAAUGGUCUUUAGUAGAUACACAUACCAGGCGUACUCGUACUUCCUCAGAAGGGCCAGAUUCCCUUGGUCGUACAAGAAUUGUUAGAAUUUUAUUCUCAGAAUUAAGCUCAUUUCGUGUAAAUCAUGGAGGGCAGCAGCUUAUAUUUAUGCAAAAGGAUGGUACCACCUAUGUUGCCUUUUUUCAGUUGUCUAAUGCUGAAAGUUUUGUAAAUUCUUUGAAGGGUUUUAUUAAAUUUGUAAAGUCUCGUGCAAACAGAAAUUUGUAUAUUAUAGUAGAUGAAGUUCAAUCUGUAUUAAGUAAAUCGUUCGCUGAAUUAGAUUUAUUUCAAGAAAAUACUUCAGAUUAUGUUUGGAAAUUUGUAAAAAAUUUGCAUAACCGUCCGUAUGAAACAACAUUAGAAGCAUUUAGUAAACUGGCAGAUAUUUGGUUAUACAAAGAACCAGCUAAACGUCCGGUUGAAGAAGCAGUUGCAGAUUUAUUAAAUAGUUCACUUACGAUCGAUGUUCCUCAUCCUCCGGUAUCGGUCGGUUCUGGAGAGGAAUAUGAAGUAAUAGGAUUGGGUGUAGUAUUACCACCACGACCGCCUUGUCCAAGAGGUACCCCGCUAUCACAAGAACAGUGGAACAAAUAUAAGGAUCCAGAGGGAAGAAUUUUAAAUCCUCAAGAAGUAAAAGAAGUUAUAUUUCGUGGGGGUGUCGCCCCAUCGUUACGUUUUGAGGUAUGGAAAUUUUUACUAAAUUAUUAUCCAUGGGAGUCUACACAAAUUGAAAGAUUAGAACUUAAAAAAAAGAAGACUGACGAAUAUUUCAUGAUGAAGCUACAAUGGAGAUCUAUGACUGCUACGCAAGAGAAUAAUUUCUCCGAUUACCGAGAUCGAAAAAGUUUAAUUGAGAAAGAUGUGAACAGAACGGAUAGAACACACCCGUAUUAUGUGGGUGAUAAUAAUCCACAUUUAGCACAAUUGUAUGAUAUCCUCAUGACAUACGUAAUGUACAAUUUCGAUUUGGGAUACGUUCAAGGUAUGAGCGAUCUUCUUAGUCCUAUAUUAUGUUUAAUGGAAAGCGAAGUUGAUGCAUUUUGGUGUUUUGUUGGGUUUAUGGAUAAAGUGAGUACCAAUUUCGAAAUGGAUCAAGCCGGAAUGAAAGCCCAAUUAUGCCAAUUGUACAAUCUCUUGAGUACUACGGAUCCACAGUUAGCACAUUAUUUAAAUAGACACGAAUCUGGAAAUAUGUUCUUUUGCUUCCGUUGGCUUUUAGUAUUGUUUAAAAGAGAAUUCAACGCAGUCGAUAUAAUGAAAUUGUGGGAAACAUUAUGGACGGACUUGCCGUGUAAAAAUUUCCAUCUGCUUUUAUGCGCAGCCAUUUUAGAUACAGAAAGAAAUAUUCUCAUGGAAAACCGUUAUGGAUUUACAGAGAUAUUGAAGCACAUAAAUGAUCUUUCCCUCCAUAUUGAGUUACCUUGGACAUUAUCCAAAGCAGAGGGUAUUUAUCAUCAGUUGAUGGCUGUAGCGGACCAGUUACCCGAUAACGUUCGUGUAAUAAUUGGACUAGAACCGUUAAAUAAAACGUUGGUAGCUAAUGAAGCAGAAAAUGAUGAAGCUUCCGGACAAGACACUGAAGAAGCUGGUGAAGUGAAGACUAAUUCAAGAAGAAAUAGUACGGAAAGUGGUAAUGUUAAAUUUGGGAAUAACGAAGUGUCGUUUGAACGGGGGUUAAAUUUAUCGUACAUGUGAGACCAGGACCGAUCGUUCAUCAUAAUUUGAAGAACGCGUUGUGUAUCGCAGUCAAUCCUGAAAAAUUUAUACUUUUAAAGAAUGACAUUUACAAUUCUGUUUUUAGGAAGAAUAUAUGUAUUGUUUGUCGAAAUAAUGAAAUCAUGUCUUUUUGGUUUGCAACGAGUUGUAUCGUUGUACGAAAUGAAUGAGUUGUAUAAAAUGUAAGAAAGGUAUUAUUUCAAUAGAACGUGUCGAUCGCUGAAUUAAAAAUUUUGCUUCAUAAUUGUCAAAUUUACAAAGUUACAGCAAAAAUUUGUUAGUAGCGUUGAAUUUUUAGAUAUUUAUGAAAUUUAUUGUAAUUACAAAGAGAUUAUAGACCACGCGCAUAUUUAGUAAGUAAGAAGUAGUUUCAUACAGAUCUGUAUGUUCUUUGUCUUAACGAUACUUUUAAUGCACAUCAAUUCGAAACGAUAUGCAAAACUUAUUCACAGCGUAUUUUCACUUCAACUGGUGUUUAUGCUGGUGUUAUUUUCACUUAAGUUCGAAUGUCUUUUUCCAGAUUUGUAUAAAGUCUCACAAUAGUACUGUAUAUUUCUAAUAAAAGUUACCUGUUUAAUCUUUGAUA